AUGUCUCAAGCGAUCAAGAAUGAUACCGACCUUGUCAGGAAGUCGAUACCCGCUCUGGAAAUGGGGAUCGACGCAGUUCAGCAAGAACAAAACCGUCAACAAUGCCACAACCUUUCGGAAUGGAUUUCUUCGACCGAUUUCCCCACUCAGCAAUCCGAUUUCAUUGCCCGGAGACAAGAAGGAACUGGUAUCCCCGGAGCUGGCAAGACAAUAACGGCCGCAAUCACGAUUAAUCACCUUCUAAGAACAGUGCAAAAUAACACUACUAGGGUGGCCUAUGUAUACUGCAACUACAACGCGCAAGCAGACCAGACCACCACUAGUCUACUUUCCGCCAUCCUGAAGCAACUGGCGCAGGCCCGCCCAUCCAUUCCGGAGCCCGUAGCACGUCUGUAUGACUGCUAUGCCAAACGAAAGACGAGGCCGUCGCUUGAAGAGAUCAUCAAUGCUCUGCAAUCUGUACUCAGCAACUACUCAAGCGCAUACGUUGUCGUCGAUGCUCUGGACGAAUGUCCGGACAAACAUGGUACUCGCAGCCAGCUUCUGGCGAAGCUCCGUGAUCUGCAAAGUAAAACAGAUCUACGCCUUAUGGUUACUUCUCGCUUUAUUCCGGACAUUAAGAACACUUUUAAGUCAACGCCAAGGCUAGAGGUUCGAGCAAGCAAUGCGGACGUGAAACGCUUCGUAGCGGGCCAGAUGUACCGGCUUCCCAAAUGCGUCCAACGUGACGACGAGCUGCAGGGCUUCGUGCAAGAUAGAAUUGCUGAUGCAGUGGAUGGCAUGUUUCUCCUUGCUCGUCUCUAUGUAGACUCACUUCUUAAUAAGAGAACCAAGACUAAAGUUCAGUCUACGCUGGCGAUGCUUGAUAAAAGCUCCAAAGCGCUCGACGAGGCGUAUAACGAAGCGAUCAAGCGAAUUGAUGGCCAACUACCUAACGACAGAGCGCUAGCAAAGAGCGUUCUUUCUUGGAUUACAUAUACGCAGAGACCGCUUACUACGGGAGAGUUACACCAUGCUUUAGCAGUGGAGGUAGGCGAAGAAGAACUUGACCCAGACAACAUUCUUAAUGUCGAAGACAUUAUCUCCGUCUGUGCUAGUCUUAUCACGGUUGAUAAGGAGAGCAAUAUCAUCCGUCUCGUCCACUACACUACGCAAGAAUACUUCGAGCGGAUCCGAGAGGACUGA